CUUCCACGGUCUGGAUCGUGCGUGGAGACACGCAAAACUUCAUCAGGUUCGGAGUCCUGGAAAGUGGGGAGCCCCUUGUCCCAUGCUCCCCUGCCACCCCUGUCCAUGCCUGGGCGAGGCAGGGAAGAAAUCAAAAGCUACGGACCCGAUGCGUUGUUUCCAGGAGGAAAACCAAGAUGGCCCAUUUACACUCCAUUUCCUUGGAAAAAACUUUUUUUGCGGGGGAUGGGGGGGGAGGAGAGGUCGGCUUUGCAAAGUAGAUUGGUGCCUCCAAGUCAGUCUUGACUCCUGGACGAUUUCCUGCAGAUUUAUUGGCCCCGUUUUCAAAAGGGCUUCCUUUUUUCUAAGCUGAGAGAAGCGACUGCCGAAGUCUCACCUGGCUUUCUGUGCAAGGUGUGCAAGGAUUCGAACUCGCUUUCCUGCUUUUCCCACUUUUCCCCACUGUCACCAGCUGGCUUUGCCAUCAGGCAAAUAGGGAAAGUGUUGCAUGAACCAAGCUGGAAUGCAGGUUGGGAUGCAUCGUUCACACUCAAUACAGGUAGUCCUCAACUUGCGAUCACGAUUUAGCCCAAAAUUUCUAUUGCUCAGUGAAACAUUUGUUGAAUGAAUUUUGCUCCAUUUAACCACCCAUCUUGCCACAGUUAAGUGAAUCAACAACUAUACUACUGUGUUUCCUAAGACAGGGUCUUAUUUUCUUUUGACCCCCCCCCCCAAAUAAGGGCUUAGUGUAGGGCUCAAUACAAAUAUUGAUUGAUUUACCUAUUAAAUCGAUUUAGAUAGCCACUCGUUUCAGUUGCUAUUUGGGACCUGAGACAUUUAUGAUCUGGACUGUACAGAGGUUGUUUUUAACAUUGAAAACAGCCAUCACAAUUAUUUGAAUAAAUCAUUAGGAUAUAGACACAUUUUAAAUGUAGUUAUCCAAUACUUUCGGAUACUAUACUAUAUGCUACUUUUGGAUAGUACUAAUACUACAUCCAAAAUGUAGUUAUCCAAUACUUUUAGUCCUUGACAGAAGUUGAUCCAGAAGUUUACAACAGAAUUUUCUCCACACAGAGAUAAAUCAGUCUACCUACUAAGAUUUUCCCGCUCUUCCCAGAUCCUGAUAUGUAAGUUAGAAAUCUUUCCCGAUUCCUCCGGAGACGAAAGGAUCUUUUAAGAGAAAAGGACUGAAUGGCCUUGGCAGCUUUCUCCAGGCCUCUUGUGAUUAGUAAGACCUGGGGAGGUCCAUCAGUCCAUUUUGGAGCUGGAUUAAAGACCAGAGAGAAGAUGGAGAGACAGUGCCCAGCACAUGCAGAAGUUGGAAAAGGCCCUCCAGUUACUCAACCUUGGAGCUGUGGGAAGAAUGGCGCAAGUCCUGGGCAGAAGAGCCGAGAAGAGGAAGUCAGUAGUUCAGACAUCCAAUGCUGUGACUUUAGAAAAGUACAGUUUCAGGAAGGGAGCCGUCCCCAAGAUGUUUGCACUAAGCUUCACUACCUUUGUUGUCAGUGGCUGCAACCAGAAAAACACACAAAGGCUCAGAUGCUGGACCUGGUGCUCCUGGAACAAUUCUUGGCUGUCCUUCCCCAAGAGAUGGAGAAAUGGGUGCGGGAGUGUGGAGCGGAGACCAGUUCUCAGGCGGUGGCCCUGGCCGAAGGCUUCUUCCUGAGUCAGGAGGAGGAAAAGAGGCAAGAAGAGUUGCAGAAAUCCUUGGAAGCGGUGACUGAAUAUGCCAAAGAAAAGAAAUAUUCAUCCAAACCUUCUCAAGAGCUGCUGUUCAGGGAGAGCUUCCAGAAAAAUCAAAGUCAGGACAGCACAUCAGAGAGUCGAAAGCAGUCCUCGAUGUUUUUAGAAUCACCUCGUCUUUAUGGUGAAGCUGAAAGGGUAGCUGAACCUGUGCCUCAGGAUUUUGUGUCUUUGGAGGAAGUGACCGUGCAUUUCUCUGAGGAGGAGUGGUCUCAGCUGGAUCCUGACCAAAAAGCUCUCCAUGGGGAAGUCAUGCUGGAGAAUUCCAAGAACCUGGCUUAUCUGGUGCAGGUAACCUUCGAGAGACAACAGGCCAUUUAAUGAGCAUUCUAAAUUACGACAGA